GGGCCGCGGGCAACGGACCGGGCGACCGGCCCGAGCAUCCCGGGUGUGAGGGAGGUAGCCCCAGGCUCCGGGAACCGGGCCCCGCCUAGCACUGGUCAGGGAAGGCUUCCCGGAGGAGGAGCCGCCCAGGCUUACGGCCUCGGGCCAGGACAAGAGGAUUCGGGAUUCGCAGCCCUUCCUUUAUCAAGCGUUGCUGGAGAUGUCUGUGGAGAUGACAGUCUGUCUGCGAUCACCUUCGACUCUGACACUGAGACGAAAGCAAAAAAGGAAAGUUUCCACAAACCUCCCCCCACAUCACCAAAGUCACCGUAUUACUCUAAGCCGAGAAAAGUGGCAUCCUGGAGAGCUCUGAGGACAGCGAGCAUGCCCCUUGGUCACAGAAUGUCCUUGACGCCGCAGAAGCUGUGGCUGGGAAGCGCUAAGCAAGGUCGUGUCCUCGGGACGCCUGUCUACAGAGAGAAGGAAGACAUGUAUGACGAGAUCAUCGAGUUGAAGAAGUCGCUACGCAUGCAGAAGAGCGAGGUGGAUCUGAUGAGGACGAAGCUUCGGCGCCUGGAAGAGGAAAAGAGCAGGAAGGACCGGCAGAUAGAGCAGCUUUUGGAUCCGUCCCGAGGCCCGGGUUCUGCUCGGACUCCGGCAGAGGACAGGCCUGAGACUGGCUGGGUCGUCAGUGGCCUGAAGCAGAGGAUCCUGAAGCUGGAGCAGCAGUGCAAGGACAAGGACAACACUAUCCACAAACUGCAGACCGACAUAAAGACCACGAACUUGGAGGAGAUGAAGAUUGCCAUGGAGACCUACUACGAGGAGAUCCAUCGCCUGCAGACCCUCCUGGCGAGUUCCGAAACCACGGGAAGGAAGCUGUCGGAGAAGAAAGCCAGCUUUAAAAGGCAGAAGAAGACAAGCAGCGUCCUGCUGAGCCUGUCCCGGAGCGUCCAGGAGCUCACGGAGGAGAACCGCAGCCUGAAGGAGGACCUGGACCGCGUGCUGAGCCACUCGCCCACCGUCUCCAGGAUCAAGGGUUACAUGGAGUGGAGUAAGCCCCGGCUGCUGAGACGGAUCGCGGAGCUGGAGAAGGAGAUCGGUCCCACGGAGAGCCCCAAGCCCCAGUCUUCGGAUGAGGCUCGGUCAGACAUCCUGGCUCACGCCGCAUCCAGCUCCGCGGGGCACGGGCAGCCACCGGCCGGGCACCUGGAGGAGAGCGAGCGUGUCCGGGCUGCGGUGAGGAGCCUGAAGGGCGAGCGGCGGGCCCUGCGGGCGCAGCUGCAGGACAGAGACCUGGAGGUGAAGCAGCUGCUCCAGGCAAAGGUCGACUUGCAGAGAGAGCUGGAAAGCGUGAAGGAGGGCGAGAAGGAGAGAAGAGAAAGAGAGGGGGCUCUGAGAAAGGAAAUUGAAAUGCUCACCAAGAAGUUUCAAGAACUAGAAGACAUGAAGAGAGAGGAGGAAGGUGGCCCCAUGGAAGUGACCCCUGAGGCCCAGGAGGAGCCCCGACCAUCCGGAACAGCCUGCGGUCCCCCUCAGCAGGGCCGUGAGCCAGAGGCCAGCCCCCCUUGCCCCUGCCCGGAGGUGCGGAGACACGUCGCCGCCAGGACCCUGCAGGCCCACUGGAAGGUGUACAGGGAGCAGAAAAAGAAAGCCGUCGAGGAUGAGGCGGCUGCUGUGCUUCAGGCAGCUUUCAGGGGACACCUGGCACGGGCAGAGCUAGUGUCAAGACAAGCGUGGGAUUUGGAGUCUUCCGGCAUGCCCAGCCUCCCCUGCCAGGACUCACCCCCACCCUGCGUUCCAAGCCCCAUUGUCCAGGCCGAGGACGACCCAGGGCAAGAGGAGGCCAUCACCGUCAUCCAGUCCGUCCUCCGGGCACACCUGGCACGGAUUGGGCACAGAGCCACCAGCAAAAGAGCCAGCACUGCAGCCUCUGCGAAGAGGAGACCUUUGUGCAGCGGGCCGGCCUUUCCUGGUGCACGACACAGCUCGCCGUUUGUGCACACGGCCCUGUGGUCGCCCGGUGGUUUUUCUGAAGCAGAAAGCGCUCGAGCAGGGAGAUGGGUGCACGUGGCCAGUCCCGCCGCGUCUGACGCUGCCUUGGCGCCCGCGUGUCGUUUCAGCCGCGUCUCCUCUCUCGGAGCCCCCUCUACGUGCGGAAGACGUCAGCUCCGAUGACUCCGACGAGAUCGUCAUCGCUCCGUCUCUCCCCGAGAAGAAACCCGCCCCCCACCCCAGGUCCCUGUCGGCGCGCCUCACGUGGUGACGCUCUGCGGGAGGCCGGGUCAGGAGGGCCGAGCGCCCCGAGCUGCAGAGGCCCUCACCUCGUUCGGACGAGAACCUCCCGCUUCCCGCCUCAGCUUCUUCGCCGGGUUUUCUGUUCCGUCGCUUGUUGGGCGGAGUGAGGGACUCUGCGCGCCCUCGGCUGGUGGCUGGUGGCUGGCGGCUGGCGGCUGGCGGCUGGCGGCUGGCUGUGGGGCAGGGCGCGCGGCCCGCCCACCGCCUUCUCUCCAGCUGCGGGGCUCAAGGUGGUUUCAUGCUAGACGGACACAUCGCCCAGAACUGGGGGGGCAGCCAGGGAGCCCUGCAAAGACGCCUCUUACAGCAACUGACUGGCCGCCUGGGCCUGGAGAGCACCGAGCCAGGCGGCCCGGCCGGCCCGCUCUUCGCCUGGUCUCUAAGCCGCCAGAGCAGUUUCCUUUCUUCCCUUUUCCCCCACGAGACUCAUUGGUAAGUUGGCUGAGUUCAUUGCCAACCCGUGCCUCGUUUCACCCACUGGGUCUGUCCCCAGGUGACCCGACCCAUCCUGCUCUGGGUGCCGGGUUCAGACCAACAGGUCCAUAGGAGCCAGUUAACCCAGCAAAGCAGCCGGGCCGCGUGGGGGCCAUCCCUCCCGCCCUCACCCGGAUGGGCAUUCUUGCACUACUGCUCACUGUCGGCAGCCAGGUGAUGGGUGCUAAGGGAAGACACAGCACCGUGCGGACGCCCCGCCUGCUCAGGAGGGGUCGGGGGCGGGCUCUGCAUGCUGUCCAGGCCCGGCCCGUGCACCUGCAGGGGCCUGGCCAAAGGGCAGCACUGACAGGGCCAGACGAGCCCAUGGACUUGAGUUUUUUGGGGACAUGCCCCUGAGCUUAUGGAUGUGUACCUGUGUCCGCCCCCUGGGCCCUCCUGGGUCUGGCCUGCUGGUCUGUUAUUAGCAGACAGUCCUGAAGCUACCUCAGUAAAUGACGAGCCCCAGGCCGUGACUCCAGCCGAUGUCUGGUGCGCAGUGCCCUUUGCAGGGACUGCUGCCCUGUGGCUCUGGCCCUCAGACACUGCCCUCGUUCCCGGGAGGACUCCUGGUGCCAGGUGUGCGUGCAGGGCCCAGGACUUGAGGCUGGGGUUCUAGGGCCGGGGAGCAGCACGGGAGAGGGCCCGCCUCCCACUGCGCCUGCCCGGCUGGCCCCCAUGCUGCGCUCCGGUGCCUCCCCCCAGCUGGAGUGAGGUAGGGGGCAGGGCCGUGGGCGAGCCCUAGGCAGGGUGAGCUUGUGGGCGGGGUUUCGCAGGUAGACUGAGGUCCCUGGGGAGACUGGAAAGGGGAAAGGGAUCCAGGAGGAAGGGGCCGUGACCGUGGCUUGCUCCGCCCUGACCUCACUGCAGGGUCUGCCUGUCACCUUGAACUUAACAGGAGCAGAGUAACUGGCCGUUGGAGGUCAUGAGGGUGGCCAGCUCUGUGAGAGCACACCCCGUCUCCACCUGCCAUGCUGGAAACUCGCAGUGGCAGAUGUGGGAUUGGGACAGCCUGGGUGGUGGUGGGUGGGCAGCACCAUACCUGUUGCCCCCCGGGAAGGAGAGCUUGUGAGCUGCCAGCCCCUGACCAGGGAGACGGCUGGGCUGUCCAGAGGAAGUGCUGUCCCACAGGCUUCUGGGGCACUCCCCCCGACACCCCUGGAGACUGGCCUGGCCCAGCUGUCGACUUUCACAGGAUUCUGUCCCUAUCACUCAGGACGGGGGAGAGACCCCAGGCUUUGGGGCCAGGGACAGACUUUCCUCACGUUUCUGAAGGUGCAGCAAUGACAAGCGAAUUCAGGCAGUGCCGCCUUCGGUUCCCGUCCGCCCGCUGGGCGUGGACGUGGCCGAGGAGAGAGAGCAGCAGGCCACGGGCUGGCCAGUCACCAGCAGGAGGAGGCUGCAGCGGAAGCCGCGGGCAGAUGUGAGGGUGUGUCGUGGGGCGGACUGGGUGGCCGGUGGCCUGCAGGAGCCGGGCUGUGGGCGUCCGUGUGGAGUGUGGCCCUGGAGAGGGGCGCACAGCUGGGAGACACCCCUACCGGGAGGAGGGCAAAGGACAGCGCCGUCCACGACUCCCCCGGCCCUGCAGUGGAAACCGUGCCCUGGGAUGGGUGCUCUGGGUCUGCUGGCCUGGCCGUGUGGCAGGGAGGGACGCUAAGGUGGACAAGUGGCCCUGAGCGCACGCACUGGUCGUGCUGUCUGACGGGCUGCUCAGUGUCCUGUGGAGCGGGUGAGGACUGUGCUCGGCCGCAGACCAGGAGUCUUCGUCCUGGCACUAGGAAGGGGCAGACCCACCAGGCGCAGCUGGCCCAGGGCAGUGCGUCUGAGCUGCGCCUCCGGAGGGAGAAGCGUCCUUGCAGAAGGCCCGCUCGCCUCAGGGUCCGGACGAAAUCGAGGUCUCUCUAGGGCGAUUGCAGCUCGUUCAAACCCCUCCAGCGGUUCCGGAAGCAGUGUCUGCUCCCAGGUGACUCAGGGACACUCCGAGCUGGCACACAGAUGCCGGGAUCCUGCCUCGCCGCCACGGUCCGAGGGCUGCAGGCGCUGACCGCCACCGGGGAAGCAUCUGUAAAGCCAGGGAAAUGGCCUGGGCGUUGGAAUGUGAAACCCUGGGGAGACGCAGGAGGGAGGGCCGAUCGGGUCGCCCUGUGCACGGCCCGCACGUGAGCCUGUUGGAGGGACGAGCCUUACCCGCUGCUCGUCGUUGGCCUUUGUAAAUAAACGUAGUUUUGCAACAUAU